AUGUGCAGCGUAGCGCGGUGCUCUCCAGGGCUGCAGUGGCUUUCCAGGACUGAGCUCUGCGGAUUGGCCCGGAGCACCCCAUUCUCCUCCCUCCCAGCCCUCCUCCUUCAGCACCCUCAACCCACGGAGAUUGGACAGCCGGCUGCCACAUAGCAGAGGGGAGUCAGGAUAAAAAAUGAGCUGGACUUGGGGACUGUAGCAUCUGUAGCAGAACAGCUGGGAGAAGUUUGCAGGGAGGUGGAACCAAACUUCCCUGGCUGCAACGAGCCGGUGCCGGGGAGGACAGACAGACGGAGAGACACCGGGGCUGCAGCCAUCCAGGGAUACCUUUGAGGUGAGCACCAGCUGCGGAGCAUCCUGUCCCCUCUGCGCUAUGUCCCUGGUGGUGAAGGAAAAGAACCAUGUGCGGUUGGUCUUCUUGGGUGCUGCCGGCGUGGGCAAGACAGCCCUUAUCCGCCGCUUCCUGAUGGACACCUUUGAGCCCAAGCACCGGCGCACGGUGGAGGAGCUGCACAGCAAGGAGUACGAGGUGAGCGGGGCCACGGUCAAGGUGGAAAUCCUGGACACCAGCGGCAGCUACUCCUUCCCAGCCAUGAGGAAGCUCUCGAUCCAGAACAGUGAUGCCUUCGCCCUCGUCUACGCCAUAGACGAUGCUGAGUCCUUUGAGAGCAUCAAGAGCUUGCGGGAGGAGAUCCUGGAGGUGAAGGAAGACAAGUUCCCUCCUAUCGUGGUGGUCGGCAACAAGGCGGAGAGUGGCAGCGAGCGGCAGGUGCCGGUGGAGGAUGCUCUGUCGCUGGUGGAGCUGGACUGGAACAGCCGCUUUGUGGAGACGUCGGCCAAGGACAACGAGAACGUCCUGGAGGUCUUCAGGGAGCUGCUGCAGCAAGCCAACCUGCCCAGCCGGCUCAGCCCGGCGCUCUGCAAGAGGAGGGAGACGCUGCCCAAGGAGCAGGCGCUGAGGCCUCCCAUGAACAAGACCAACAGCUGCUCCAUGUGCUGAGCCAGACACCCGGGGCUGGGAGGAAGGUGCCGGAGGCAGCGGGACCGGCUGGAAUCUCAGGUGGGCUGGGUGGGGAGAGGCGCUGCCUUGGCCAGAACCAACCCUGCAACCUCCCACCCCUUCCCUCCUCAUCCCCACCCAGCCCACCGGGACCGGUGAGAGUUGGAGAUGAGCAGGAGGAGGGACUUGGAAGGGAUGCUGGGUGCAGGAGGGGUGCGGGGAGAGGGUGAGUUCCUGAAGAGGCAGGAGGUGUACCUGGGAAACAGCCGCCGGUCAGCCAGCAUGCUGCGUCUGUGCCCAGCGAGCGCCCAGGCAGCAGCCAGGCAGCUCCUCACACGCUGGGGCAGGCAGACAAGCAGCGGGGCUGUGUCUGUGUCCAUCAAAAGGCAGAUGUGGGCAUCGUGCAGCUGCCUCGCACCCACCGGUGCCGCUCUUCUGGGUCUCAUCUGGAUCCUGUGUCACCUCACCCCAAGCACUCCAUGUACAGCCUCCUGGCACGUCUGCAGUUACAACACGUCUGGUGUCCAAAGUGGUUUUGGUUUUGUACCUGGGUGGUAGAGCAUGUGAUAGGGCAGUCUGUGCAUCUCUUUAAGUUUCUCUUCUCUUCUUCUUUUAUUUUUAAGCAUACCUAAUAAACACAUUGCUGCAAAGUGGA